AUGGCUGGAGACGACACCAUGCUUCCAGCAUGGGAGGACAAGCCAGAGCUCGCUCUCGCCAGCAUGCCCGUCGAGAUCCUCGUAAAGAUUAUGUCCGAUGCGAUCCCUUCUCAUCGACUUCUCUGCACUCAAUCAACGAAGGAGGAUGAGACCGGUAGCUACCUGGCAACGAAGUGGGUCGACAUCGAGGCUCGGCUUCAGCUUCUCAACAAGAAGAUCCAUGAUAUCGUCCUGCCAAUCCUCGAUCUUCGCCGCCGAGUCAUUCACCCGACCUUACUUCAGGUCUUUACGAUCGAGAAGUUGAGAGACAUGGAGGAAGACGAACUCGAUGACCAGGAGAUUAGGACCAAAUGUAACGCGAUGCGGCUGGGCAGGGAGGACUCCGAGGAGCGUCAGCGGCCGUCCCAGACUCCACGAAUCAGUUUGGGGAGGACGCUACGAAGAUACCUGGGUAGAUAA